AUGACCACAGGACGGAUAUCAGUCAACGCUCUCGAUAGCCUCCCUGACGAACUCAUUCUCCUCAUCCUAGAUCAACUGGAUGCAGGUGACUAUUUCACGCUACGCGAUUUGAACGCGACAAGCUCGCGAUUUCGUCGUCUCACGAUAGAUCGACUCUAUCGAAGAUUUCCAGGUUGCUCCCCAGAGCAGUUCCUGCGUACCAUAGCGCUGUCGCAUCCAGACAAACGCCAUGAAUUCAUGAAUUAUGUCAAGGAGGUGGUGUGGUAUCAGAACUAUUGGGAUCGACCAUCUCGACGUCGAUGCCUACCUCUAGGCGAUAGGCAUACAGUUGCCAACAUACUGAGGAGUUCUGGGGCUAUUCUGGACACGACAGAUCUCUCCACAGACUUGCCUGGACGCUUCAUAGGCUUCUCUUCCGAAUAUGAAGUUCAUUGGUGGUAUCUGGAGUUCUUCUUGUUCUCCACGCCCAAGGUUGAGAAAAUUACUAUAUACGACGCAUGGCAAUGGGACGACCACAGUUACUGGUUCAAGAGCCUGGCUGCCAACCCAAUUCACUUCGAAAGUCUUCGAUCCAUUACCGUAUUCGGUCCUCUACGCCUGAGAAAUAUUGUGCCGCUUCUGACUCUGCCUUCCAUACACGCCUUAGAUCUUACACAAGUCGUCGAUAUGCGCCAAGAACCCGACAGGGAGUUUUCAUGGGCCCAUGACGGCGAAUACUACGUUGACCAACGAUUGGCGAGUGGUUCGUCUCUUGAACAUCUGGUUAUACGGGAGUCAGAUCUGCAUGUCCCGUCUGCAGUGGGUAUCCUUGAGAAACUUAACAAAGUCAAGAGUUUCACCUACGAGCAUGUGUGUCAUGAACUUGCAUUGCAUCCCGGGAUGCAGCCGUCCAUUUUCCCGUGGGUUGGCAACUUAUGCUGGGGUCCAGAUAGCUCUCUCGAAAGUUUGCAUCUACGUAUAGAGUCGUCAGUAGUGACGCAUGAAGAGUUGACAUCGCUCUGUCACCACGUUACUGGUCCUGUACUAGCAAGGCUUCGUACUCUGAACAUCGGUCCCUGUAGUGUCAGCACUUUCAAAGGCUUGGAUCUCGCACAAUCUGAAGAUCUACCAACUAUAGCUUCUAGGAUCGUAGCCGCAUUUCCAGACACACUCGAAGCUCUACAGAUCCAGUGGGCUUACGAGCGUGAUGGAGAAUGCCGGUUAAAAUUCUUCGUUGAUAUCUUACGGUACUUGGCUGAAGCCAUUACUGGUUCAAACUCUAAAUUGAAGCACGUCUCUAUCGUUGACUGGCCAGCACUUGCAGGCUGGUUCCCUUUCCAAGACCAAGUCAUCAGUUUGAAGCGGUUAUAUGAACGCCGGGGAUUGCAAUUUGACAUAGUCUACGAAGAGAUUGAGAAUGGAGAGCCACUGGCCGUCAUGGAAGACGGGGAGCCUGUACGACGUCCGUGGCCACUUCUGCGUACGUUGCGAUCCAGCCCGGAACUUGCAAACCGAAUUCGGGACAUUACAUGGAGGCACAACUUCAACGAUCAUGACGAUACCGAGGAAAAUCAAGCCGUCCUCUCCAGCUGCAUCAAGUCUCUAGAGUCGUCUCACCAGGACGGAUUGAUGCGUGAUUCUUCUGGGCUUCGGUGUGAUCACGAGUUCAUCGAGAUACUCCUAAUGUUCACUCCGAAUCUCCGUACGCUUGCUAUCGCAGAUAGAGCCUUCUGGCCUGAUGGCGAAUAUUGGUUCAGGAGGAUCGCAAACAACCCGGAUCGGUUCGUGCACUUACAAACCAUCAAUAUACACGGUCCACUGUCAGUGGAGGCCAUAGCAUACUUGUUCCUCCUUCCUUCACUUCGGAACCUCAUCGCUUCGGACUUAGUUCUCCCCGAGCGCACCGACAACAGACGAGUUUGGGAUAAUGAGAUUCCGCUUAGGACAGUGUUAGACCCUGGUUCAUCUCAAGUUGAGAAGAUCGUGUUGAAGCGAUCAGUUGUGGAGGUGCCGACGCUAAAAUACUUCACCGAAGCUUGCAGAGAUUUGAAGAGCUUCGCAUAUGAACAGGACAUCAACAACGAUCAGCGUGGCAUGCAUUCUCGAAGUCUCCUAUCGAAGUUUGGCGAGCUUUCAGCAGCUUUCAUUCUCAACCGCACAACACUCGAGCACCUCUCUAUCCGCGGUGACCAUCAGAUGCUUCGUCAGGAGCACGUACUACAGGUAGCACGAUUGGCUUCCAACAUGUCAAACCUUCGUUCGCUAGAUAUGGGCUUGAUCACACAUGACGACGACCCGAUACAAUGCACCUCCGAUUUUGUAGCAAAGAUGGUACGCCUUCUUCCGCCCACACUUGAAGAAAUGAGCUUUGAGAUUGACUGGCAAGAGCACUGGGGCUCGAGAGGGUGGGAGGGGCCAACAGAGAUGUUGCGCUAUCUCGCUACUAUCGCUUUUCCAAAGCUGUCCUUGAAGAAAGUCGCUGUGGUGGAUUGGCCGCCUUUCUUGGGUCAUUUCCCGCCAGACUUUGCACAGCUACAUCAGUGCUUUGCGGAGCAAAGCAUAGAUUUCGUAUCCGUUCCCGCCAGUAUCGAAGGGCCGGAUCCGCUGCAGUUGUUAGACUUCGUAGAGCCGGGCUAUAAUAUGGCGCAAAAAAGUGACCAUCUAUUACAGCGUCCUCUCUAUGGUAAAAUAUUGCUCCCUCCACGAGCGCGCAUGGAAUUAACGUCCACAGUGUUUGAUCUGCCCGAAGAGCUGUUGGCCACACUCACUCUCAAAGACCAGCCCGAGCACCCGAUAGAAGAGACACCGCCUCAAAUACCGACGACUGCAAACGACUCUUCCAAUACCGCCGAAGAAGAGAGCAACAGCCCGGCAAAAGCGACAUCGUGCAACCUCUGUGGGCUCAGCUUUGCAUCUCUUGCAGACCAGCGCAAUCACGUCCGAUCAGACCUACAUGGAUACAACCUGAAGCAAAAGAUAAAAGGUGCGAAGCCUGUAGGCGAGGCUGAGUUCGAGAAACUGAUCGGAGAUCUGGACGAGAGCAUAUCAGGGUCUGAGUCAUCAGAAUCCGACGAGGAUGAAGAUGCAGAUGGAACGAAGGCCAAAGAAUCCACGCUUAGUGCGCUAUUAAAAAAGCAGGCCAAGAUAUCAGACCCCGAGUUUGACGAGUUUUCCUCACGGAAGAAGCAGAGAGGACCUGGCAAGCCUCCGUUGAUGUGGUUCACGUCUCCUUCAAUACCCGACAACAUGUCACUAGGCGUGUAUCGCGCCAUUCUUUCGAAUACAGAGCAGGAAGAGGAGUCGCAUGUUUUGGACGCUUUACGCAAGAAGCAGCUUUCUCCGAAGCAACCCCCAAAGAUCAAGGCGAAUGAGGCCGGUGUCCCGCCACCAGGCAUAGAUAUCGGGCCACAUUACUUCCUAUGCAUGAUAGGAGGUGGCCACUUCGCUGCCAUGAUAGUCGCACUGGCACCGAAGAUAGGAAAGAAUCACACUGGAUUCGAUGAGCGAUCGGCGACCGUAGUUGCGCACAAGACAUUCCAUAGGUACACCACACGACGAAAACAGGGAGGUUCGCAAUCAGCCAACGACAACGCAAAAGGCAAUGCACACUCUGCCGGUUCAUCGAUCCGUCGUUACAACGAGACUGCAUUAAUCGCUGAAGUUCGUGAGCUAUUAUCUAGCUGGAAGAACAUGAUCGAUACCGCAGACUUGAUCUUCGUACGCGCAACCGGCGCGACGAACCGGAGAACUCUUUUUGGUCCGUAUGAAGGACAGGUUCUGCGUCAUAAUGACCCACGCAAUCGAGGCUUUCCCUUCAGUACCCGGCGGGCGACUCAAAAAGAGCUGAUGCGUGCGUUUAUUGAACUCACUCGAGUGAAGCAAAGUGCUAUCGAUGAAGCAGCGCUUGCUGCUCUGGAUUCUUCUAGAAAAGAAGCGGCUGCUCCGACACCAAUCCCAGAAAAACCUAAGCCUAAGAAACCAACAAAAGAAGAAGAGGCUGCGACAUUACACACUUCACAGAUUAUACCCAUGAUUAAGCGUUCGAAAGUACCUGCGCUUCUCAACUACCUCAAAACAAACAACAUCCCACCAAGCUUCAACUUUCUCCCCACCAAUCACCACACACCGACGCCGCUGCAUCUUGCUGCAUCGCUCAAUUCUGCUCCUAUCGUCUUCGCGCUUCUGACGAAAGCCGGUGUCGAUCCAGCUCUGAUGAGUGGCGAAGCGCGGACCCCUUUCACGCUGACUGGCGACCGUGCAACCCGUGACGCCUUCCGUGUUGCCCGUUCCGAACUCGGAGAGUCAGCUUGGGAUUGGGAGAAAGCCGGAGUGCCUACAGCCAUCACCAAAGCUGAAGCUGACAAGCGAGAUGCUCAAGAAAAGACCGAGAAAGCUGCAGAAAGUAAGGCUGAGGCUGACCGGCGGAAGGCUGAGACCGAGCGCGUACGGAAAGAAAGCGAGGCUGAAGAGGUCAGGAGAAAGCAGCAGAGGCUAGGCAAGGGCAAGUCAUUAGGCGCGCUACCUGUCAAGACUGGAGCAGAUUUGAGAGAGGAAGAAAUGAGGGGCUUGACGCCAGAAGCGAGAGCUAGAAUGGAAAGAGAACGGAGAGCUAGGGCUGCUGAAGAGAGGCUCAAGCGGAUGGAACGUUGA